UGCUUUUGAUUAGCAAAAGUUGGGCGACGGCUAGUCGGCUAUGUUCAACGUAACUUUCGUAAUUAUUUCGCUAUUAUAGGUCAUAAAUAGAUUAGAUGCGCGAAAUACAUAAUUUCAUAAAAAUAGUAUAAGUAACGAUACAUCGUCUAUUUAAAUAAAAUAAAUUCCGAAUUCGAAUAAUAUUAAAAAUCAUAGAAUACGACUUUCACCGGAUACAUCGAUAAUUUGAUUAGGUAUACGAAACAGAGGUUGCAAAUUACUUAUUUAGCGGGCAGUGAAACAAUCUUACGAUGUAUCCGUGCAUUUGGUCAGUUACUGAUAUAGCUGUGUGAUGAACUGUGGUUCGUUUAAGUGACAAAGCAAACGCGUCGGCUCCCACAGGCCACUCGACACUAGGUAUUAUCCCAUCCGUGAUUACGUUGCGCCGGGAACUGGGCACUCGGCUUAGUCGCCGCGGGGACUCCAAAGCGGUAAAUACGGAGUCGCAAAUCCUGCUCCGAAUCAUUUAUCGUCAGGAUCUCGAUUUGAAGAUGGUGCAGCAAGAUUUAACUUAGGUGUUCGGGAAGGGUACACAUGGUUAUGGUAGGGAAUGGCUCUCGGGAGCUCAUCGGUGUGAGUUCCUAGUGAGAUAGGGUAACUGGAUGUGAGUGUAGUGUUGUGAAGUGUCUAGUCAUUAGUGAGUGAGGCUAAGAGCCGGGAUGCCCUCCGUUAUGUUGUCCGCAGUGCUUGAAGAGGAGGCCGACUUGUAUGAAGCCUUCCCUCCUCACGUUGAUCCCUCCGGAAUCACCAUUUUAACUGAUAGCCCACCAGGCAAGAAAGCGCCGCUCAAGACCUACGACGAGAUCCAGCCGCUGAUCCAGCAGGCCCGCAAGCGGGAACUGAAACUCAUCAUCAGGGAGAACUCGUGGCCGAUCAACAGCCCCAUACGGGCCUCCCUCUGGCCGGCUCUCUGCAGACAACAUCAACAUGGCAAAUCGAUGCUCGACGGCUUCUACUGGGACAUGGUUACGCAGGUGUUCGGCACAGUGGAGCUGCCGGACAAGCCGAUCAUGCUGCCGCCGUUUGUCGAGGCGACGCACUGUCUCGGCUACCACCUGACGCGCAAGGGCCGCGCGGUUGCCGACCGCGUGGUGUCCGUGCUGGGCUACGCGUGCCCGGACAUCACCUACAGCCCCAGCCUGUAUCCCAUCACGGCUGCUCUGCUGCACUUCAUGCCAGAGGAGGACUGCUACCACUGCAUGGCCAGUCUCGUAGCGUCGAAGGAGAAGAUGUUCAUCACACAGACGAAACUCCACAACGAGGUCACGUGGAAGACGGUCAUGCAGAUCGCCAAGAAGCAUGCCAAGUCGGCCGCGCAGCACCUCUCGCGACUGUCCUGCGCUAUCGGCCCGGAGCGCAUCUACGCGGAUUGGCAGUGGUGGAUACUGGCUGCUCUGCCUUUCCCGCAUCUCGUCAGGGUGCUGGAUUGCUUCUUCCAUGAGGGCAUCAAGGUGUUCUACAGGGUAGCGCUCGCGAUCCUCAUCCUGUUCCAGAAGCACAGCACGAACCCGAGCUCGGAGUGGCACGCCGAGGCGACGAAGAACGGGGUCGACCACGCGAUUGAUAAGUUCUGUAGGAACAUGCCCGCGUCGCCGACCAAGUUGUUACGUACCGCGUUCAGUAUACGGGCUUUGAGUUCGCAGUACAUAUCGCGCGUGUUCAUCAAGACGGAGAUGACGCUGAAGUCGAAGCAGGUGAUCACCGGGUCGCGGCUCGUGCGCUCGCGCUCGUCCGACAACCUGCCCACCAGCCAGUCGCAGGUCAAUAUACAGAUGAUGUCGCACACGCUCACUAUACGCGAGAAAAUGUCUGAGGAAACGUGCAAACAGAUGGGCUCGCACUCGCCCGGCCCGCGCGCCCUGUCCAUGGGCGUGUAUCCGAUACAAGCGAUCAAGUCGCAGAUACUAGACCACAGCGAACUGUUCACGCUGUGGUCGUGGCUGCCCGUGCGCAUCACCAUGUACCAGCCCGUGCUGCUCUAUACCACGGAGGAGCAUGGAUGUUCACUUACCACCUUCUACGUGCGAGUGGAACAUCAUGAACCGACACUAUUGAUGAUCAAGACGUGUAAUAAUGAGGUAUUCGGUGCGUAUUGUUCCACGCGAUGGUUCGAGAGAAAUCAGAAGGACGAGAGAGGUAACAGACAAGCAUACUUUGGCACAGGAGAGACAUUCCUCUUUAGCCUGUACCCGGAGCGCGCCAAGUACCCGUGGGUGGGCUGCUCGGCCGGCGACGGCAAGGAGGAGCAGCGCCUCGCGCACGGCUCCGAGCUGUUCAUGGCCGCCGACUCCAAGAUGAUCACCAUCGGCGGCGGGGACGGGCAAGCUAUAUGGAUGGACGAGAACAUCCGCUACGGCAAGACGGAUCGCUGCUCUACGUUCAACAAUCCACCUCUAUGCCCCAGUGGGGACUUUGAGAUUCGCGUACUUGAGGUCUACGGAUUUGCGGGCGCGUAAAUAGUCAAGAAAUGAACGGUGAACGGUCAUGGUCAAUUGGUCUUGGGCAGGAUUGGCCAGGAUUGGUGAAGAUUGGCCAGGAUUUGUGAAGAUGGGCCAGGAUUGGUGAAACUUGGUCAGGAUUGGUGAGACUUGGUCAAUUGACUAUGACCCGGUCUGUUUACUAUAUUUGAAUCGAUUUGUUCCUAGUCCACUUUGAUCGGAUUCUGUCAAUUGACUGGAGCAGAUGACUACUGUUUCAGUCAAUUGAGAGAUCUAGUCAAUGGGCUUCGAUCAAAUCAACUGUCCCACACGAUUUAAUAUGACCUGGACUCUGGUUAGUCGAUCGUUCGUCAAAAUGGCGGCUCACAGAAGGUCAAGCGUCGAUUAGUACGACGGUCCACGGAGUGAUGUAAUCUCUUUGAUCCCCGAGUGAUGUGAUAUUGCGAUGAUAACAUAAAUCUAUAUCGUUCAAAUAGUGUACGAUUGUUACUUCGAUGUUUCAUACUUACGCUGAUACAGAUUUUGGCUAAGUGUUAUGAUUGCUUGCCGGUCGAGGUCGUCAAUAAGUUUCAUAGCAGUUCUAAUCCGUUUUUAUCUCAGCGAUCCGUGUAUAUUUAUAUCGAGUUGUUACUAAAUAUUGCUCUAUAACACACUUAUAAUACAAUAGUGCGUAUAUUUUUAUAGAGCGGCCGCUAUAAUGGGUUCGUAUGCGAUUUAUUGACCACCCCUUGCCGUCUGAACAGACUGUGUAGAAUUAAUCCUAUAUUUAUUGAAAACCCCGUAGCGAGUUACCUUACAACACAGCUGUCCGUACAAGACAACGAAUACGGGGACUUUAGGUUGUUUCUUUAAUUAUAUGAAUAUAUAUAGAUGUAUGUAAGUACAAAAUGGAUGUAUCGUACCUACUCUGAUGUAUUACGCUUAUUGUAAAGCAAUAUUUGUUGGGCCUAGCCGUGGGAUAGUGUAAUGUGAACAUUCCAGUGAAAUUAAGGUCCGCGAACGAGCGAAAUAAUAUAUUAACAGCGAGGUUCUAUUGGCAACGACAGUAUUUGAUAUCGUAUAAAUUAUCGCUUAAGGCUUCGGUGUGAUUCGCUCUUUGCUCACAAUAAUGUACCAAAGAUGUUUAGAUGUUAUUGGUCUGUUGGCGAAUGCUCAUGAUCGUAUCGGGUACGAUAAAACUACGCGCCAAAACGGUAAUGGAAUAAAUUUGAAAACAAAAAAUACACUUUUUGCGGGUAGUUUUGUGUACUCUGGUCCUAGAACGCACAAAUCGCUGUUUCUAAUCAGACAUAUCUUAAAAUUUCUAUUGCAUAUUAUGUUAGAAGGAAAUAGAAAGUUCGAGAAUAAUUCGUCAUUAGCUAUUCGCAACAGACGAUAAACGGUCGCUGCAAGAGUUGUUGGACUUUAACUAAAUUAGGAAUAAAAAAUUUCCGAUACACCUAUAAGUUAUUAAUCAUAUCGGGGAUUUUAUUCGCAAAGCAAUAAUCUUCUGCAGCGAUCGCGUAAAGAUUGGCAAUAGACUCUGCCACUCCAAGCAUUGUUUAAAGUAUUAUUUAUCUGUAUUUCAAGGGUUAUGUGCCAAAAGUGGACCAUUGGGGAAAAUGGCUGGUUUGGUAUUGUCUAUGGUAUAUCGCUUAUAUUCAAGGUGUUUACACAGAUCGUGUGUAGUUAAAGAAUAAAUUAAAAUUUUGACAUUCUAGAUGUUUGGAUGUAAAUGUUUUAUCAUCGUAGGUGUGCCGAAUAUUUUUCCAGUUUUAUAAUUACAGCAUGUAAUUGUUCUAAAGAUAUAAAAGUUUACAAAAUAUGAUAUUAACAUAUCCCUGUCAGUACAAAGGGGUUGCGUUCAUAUCGCCCGCGGCUUGUUUUGUCUACGAAUUGUAAAUAUUGUUCUCGCCACGUGCGUAGUGUAGCGAAACUGGGUGUCGUCACGGUACUACAUGCAUGUUUAUGAAGCCUAAGACUUGUUUUAAAUUCAGAUUAUUUAUGUAAUUUAUUGUGUAGGUAACGAGUAAUGUUUAUAUUGUAUAUUAUUGAUUUUGCCUCUGCGGAAUGUGGUUCCGGUCACAUGACGUCUCAGGGGAAUUAUUAUUUCGCUCAAUUGUUUGAGUUUGUCGCCAGUGGCGAGCGCCAUUUUGAACGUCGUUACAUUUGAAAAUGGCCGCCCGCCAUUCGGAACGCGGUGUGCGUUAUAUUUAUUUAAGCUGUCCGCAGAGAGGCGCCACUCGCGAUAUAUUGCUGUUAGCUAUUUGUCGUUGAUCAGUGUAAAGUCUAGUCUUUAUCCUGUUUUUUAUUCUAUAUCGAUAUAAUAUCUAAAUAUUUACGAAUUGAUAUUUAAAUAAUGCGUUUCGCCCCGUUCGGUGGCGCGUAGGCUCGUGUUAGUUAGACUAAGUACAUGUAAAGUAUACAGUUAUUUGUUCUCCCUUUCAGUAUUGGUGUAUGUUGUAUGAGGUUGACUAGUGUGAAUGUAUGCGCUGUUACGAAUUACGUACUGUUACAUUCGAAUAGUUUAAUGCCGCCGAUCAGCGGCGGCGCAAACUCGUUUAUUGUAAUGUGAAUGUUGCUUUAUAAUGUCUACAAAAUAUAUAAUCCCAUAAAAA